UUGACGGCGUGUGGGCGCUGUCAGCACAGCAGCCAGGCGGGGGAAACCCUCUCUCUCUCUCUCUCUCUCUCUCUCCCUCCCACACACCCACCCACUCUCAGCAAGUCCACAGCGUGUGUCUCAGCUGGCUCCUCACUGGGGGGAAAAGGAAAAAAAAACAAAAAACACAACCCCGGCACUCGGAACCACAGCGACGCCGAGCUCGCAGCGCUCAACAUGGCCGACACAACAAGUUUGAACGAGUCGUCGUCGUCCACCAGGGACGGCGCUAAUCGCUUCGCCCGCAAAGGAGCUCUGAGGCAGAAGAACGUCUACGAGGUGAAGGACCACAAGUUCACCGCCCGCUUCUUCAAGCAGCCCACUUUCUGCAGCCACUGCACGGACUUCAUCUGGGGCUUCGGAAAACAAGGAUUCCAGUGCCAAGUUUGCUGCUUUGUGGUCCACAAGAGGUGCCAUGAAUUUGUCACAUUCUGCUGUCCGGGAGCUGAUAAAGGUCCAGACACGGAUGACCCCAGAACGAAGCAUAAAUUUAAGAUCCACACAUACGGGAGCCCCACCUUCUGUGACCACUGUGGCUCUUUGCUGUACGGCCUCAUGCACCAGGGCAUGAAGUGUGACUCUUGCGACAUGAACGUCCACAACACGUGCGUCAUGAACGUGCCCAGCCUGUGUGGGACCGACUACACCGAGAGGAGGGGGCGCUUGUACCUCAAGUGUGAGGUCAGCGAGGAGAAGAUGAAGGUCACAGUUGGCGAAGGCAGGAAUCUGAUACCCAUGGACCCCAACGGCUUGUCUGAUCCGUAUGUCAAACUCAAGCUCGUACCUGACCCCAAAAAUGAGACCAAGCAGAAGACCAAAACCAUCCGCUCCAACCUGAACCCCAAAUGGAACGAGACAUUUACCUUCAAACUGAAGGCCACAGACAAGGACCGCAGGCUGUCCAUUGAGGUGUGGGACUGGGACCGAACCACCAGAAAUGACUUCAUGGGGGCUCUUUCAUUUGGUGUGUCGGAGCUCAUCAAAUCUCCAGCGUGUGGCUGGUAUAAGUUGUUGUGCCAAGAGGAGGGAGAAUAUUACAACGUUCCCAUCUCAGAGGAGGAUGACGGCAACGAGGAACUGAGACUGAAAUUUGAGGACCAAGCCGUUUUGGAAGACUCGAAACAGAAAGCCAAGCUGGGCCCGGGGAAGAAGGCCAAUACAGAGACGGAUGGCAGACCAUCCAGCUUUUUGCCAUCCAACCGCUUGGACCAGGUCAAGCUCACCGACUUCAGCUUCUUGACUGUCCUAGGGAAAGGCAGCUUUGGCAAGGUCAUGCUGGCUGAGAUGAAGGCCACCGAAGAGCUCUAUGCAAUAAAGAUUCUGAAAAAGGACGUGGUGAUCCAGGACGACGACGUGGAAUGCAUCAUGGUGGAGAAGAGAGUCUUGGCCCAGCAGGAAAAGCCGCCCUUCCUCACACAGCUACACUCGUGCUUCCACACUGUGGAUCGUCUGUACUUCGUCAUGGAGUACGUGACUGGCGGAGACCUCAUGUACCACAUCCAACAAGUGGGAAAGUUCAAGGAACCGCAGGCAGUAUUCUAUGCAGCAGAGAUCGCUGUUGGUCUUUUCUUCCUGCACCGUAAAGGCAUCAUCUAUAGAGAUCUAAAGUUGGACAACGUUAUGCUGGACUGUGAGGGCCACAUCAAGAUCGCUGACUUCGGCAUGUGCAAAGAGAACAUGACGGACGGCGUGAGCACCCGCACUUUCUGCGGUACUCCGGACUACAUUGCCCCCGAGAUUAUUGCUUACCAGCCGUAUGGGCGUUCUGUGGACUGGUGGGCGUAUGGAGUACUGCUAUAUGAAAUGUUAGCGGGACAGCCUCCUUUUGACGGAGAGGAUGAAGACGAGUUGUUCCAGUCCAUUAUGGAGCACAACGUGUCCUACCCGAAGGCCCUGUCCAAGGAGGCGGUUUCCAUUUGCAAAGGGCUGAUGACCAAGCAUCCAUCCAAGCGACUGGGCUGCAGCGCUGAAGGGGAGCGGGACGUCAAAGAGCACGCUUUCUUCAGACGUAUUGACUGGGAACGCCUUGAGAACAAGGCGAUACAGCCACCCUUCAAGCCGAAACUGUGCGGCAAGGGAGCGGAGAACUUCGACAAGUUCUUCACGCGCACACAGCCCCAGCUGACGCCCCCCGACGAGCUGGUGAUCGCCAACAUCGACCAGGCCGAGUUCGCGGGCUUCUCCUUCAUCAACCCACAACAGCAACUGUUGAUGUUCUAUCUCAACAUUCUCCAGAUUCAUGUGAGCGAUAAACCGACUUCAUCCCUCCAACAGAAACCAACUGUUGAGGUUCUAUCUCAACAUUCUCCAGAUUCAGAUGUGAGCCAUAAACCGACUUCAUCCCUCCAACAGAAACCAACUGUUGAGGUUCUAUCUCAACAUUCUCCAGAUUCAGAUGUGAGCCAUAAAACGACUUCAUCCCUCCAACAGAAACCAACUGUUGAGGUUCUAUCUCAACAUUCUCCAGAUUCAGAUGUGAGCCAUAAACCGACUUCAUCCCUCCAACAGAUUGACAGCAGGACAAAGUGCUGGAAGUGGGUAUGUCUCAAGCUUCUUCCACUUGGUCCACUCCAAAGCGAGCUGCAAAGGUGAAGAAGUGGAAGCAGUUAAAUGACACAUGUUGCAUUUUGUAACUGGCAACAAAGUACCAGGUAAAAAAGAUUGUGAAGCCUCCCUCCACAAAUAACUAGUAGCUCUACAGGACAGAGAUUCGCUUGCCAUCAAGUACUACAUCCAUAACAGAAUCAUAUUAAAAAAAGGAGAAUUUUUUUUUUCCACAUCUGCUGUGGUAGUUUGAGUAUGUUACCAGCAAUUAAAAAAGCAAGAUAAAGAGCAAGCGUUUUGUAUUUAUU